AUGGCUUCUCCAGAAGGCACUCCACCCCCGGGCGGAGGGCCUGUCCAAGUGAUCACGUCUACGGUCCUUAGUAUCGUUACCUCCAUCCCUUCUGCAACCGCGACGUCCUCUUUCGCUGAAUCUACCGCGGCGUCGGUGAAUGGCGCUGUACCCACCGUCGAAGCAUCAACCACCAACGAGGUGCCACUCCAAGUCACAAACUCGUUUUCUCUUGUCGCAUGUCUCCUUGUAAUAGGGGCAUACUUCUUCUUUCGUCGUCAAAACCAGCGGAUCAUGGAGCGUCCAUCACUCGUGCUCGCGGUUUCAAUGGCUACGGCAGAUGCAGUCCUUCACGCCGUCAACCUUUUCGGUUAUGCCGACCUCAAAGGCUUCUCGUGCGCGUUCUGGGGAGGCUUCUUCUACGCUUUUCCGACGCUCAUUUCCAUCUUCUACUCCUUCUGCAUCGCCCUCAACACUCAACUCGUCUUUGUAUUCUCCAAGCGUCCGGGGUUUACAACACUCAAGUACUACGUCUUUAUCCCCAUCAUCGUCUCCGCCUUCAUCUGUAUUCCAGCACUCAGUGCCGGCGUGUAUGGCUACGACGCGAGCUAUGACCUAUGCUGGUACGCGUCGGAUGGGACGCAUCAACACAAAGUCGUUGUGCGUUACAUCCUCACUUUUGGGAUGUGGUGUCUCUCUGUUAUGGUUUACUUAAUCAUAGCCGCGAUGACGAUUAUUUGGGCCGUCUUCUCCAAGACUUCCAAGAUGAACCAGCUGGCUACAACGCUUUCGAGGAGCCUAGGCUCCAGUGCGCCUCGUACACCAUCUGCAUCUGGCCCUCAUACACUCCCCAAGAUCUCUGUUCGUCCGUCUAGUGGACAUGCCAAGUACACUGUCCCAGAAGAUAUAGGCGUGGGAAACAAUCAACCAACACACUUUUACACACCCACGCAGUCUGCGAUUGGAGGUGCGGCGUUCAAUAAAUCUGAAUUCGACUCAGAGCCAGUCACGCCAAUGACGCCGGUCAAGUUACAUCCGAGGUACAAACGGCCCUACUCGACGACGCAGAGCGGUGGGUCAGUCUCUGCGGCAGCUCAGCAUCCUUCCGGUACACUCUCUCGACGUUCGUUAGCCAUGCGCGCGCUCGCGCUUCGAUUACUCGGGUACAUCCUCAUCCCCACUAUCUGCAUCCUUCCAGGCGUCAUACAAGAUUUCUUGUCCAAAGUCUCGCCACAAACCGCCGCUGGAGUUCCCGACAGCGUGACGACAAUGCUAGACACAUUGAACGGUCUCGUCGGACUGUUCAACGCAAUACUUUUCUCGCUUGAUCCAGCACUCUUGGCGUUGUAUCAUCAGAUGAGGAUGGAACGAAGGGAGAAGAAAUCAAUGGGUCGUCAGGCGCACCGGGAUAUCGAGAUGGCACCCACUGGGACAGUGUACACCACACCUCCGGAAUCGCCUGGCUCAAAGAGUCCACGACAAUCCCACUCCGACGGCGCAGAGGGCUCGUCUGCUGAUAGACACCACGGGAGAGGUGGCCCAAAUGCCGUUCACGAAACGCAGACGUUUGUUACUGCCGAAGGGGAAUCAGAUAGUGCAGGGGUAAGUCAGACCGAUCUGGGCAACGGGACCAAAGUAGAAGUUCGGACUGGCAAGUUCCUCGCACCAAUCCUCGUGGGGAACAGAUUCAAAAAGAGCGAGCGUGGCUUGCCAUCUCCGCGCUCCAUCGCUUCGUAUGGAAAUGGUGGUGCCGCCCUGUCCAGUCCCGGUAUCGUCAUCCAAGUAGAGGUCGAGGUCGAUACCACAAGGGAUAAGGACAUCGAAAGACUGGAGCGAUAUCUUGGGGGGUUAUAG